UUGGGCGGAGGGUUUCUCCUGAUCUGUCUCGGAGCGGUGAGGGGACGGGGCCAGUGCGCUGUGAGGGACCGGGGCGGUGAGAUGAUGGCUCGGGUGUGUGGCGCGGUGUGUCCGCUGCUGUUCGUGGCCGUGGCGAUGGCAGCAUCCGACCUGUUCGACAACCAGCUGGGGGACAUCAGUUACUGCAGGAACCAGUGUCAGGUCACCAUCAGGAACAGGAAGGCCGCCAGAGACUCCAUCAUGAACGCAUGCUACCGCGGCUGUCGGCUCUAUUCGAUCUGCCAGUUUGUGAACGGGAACACCGGCUUCAACAACAGCAAGGAGGAGUGCCAGGGAGCCUGCCAGGAAGCGUACAGCAAGUUACUGGAGCAGGAAGCCUGCAGCACAGGCUGCACCAGCCAACCAGCUGAGCCUGAAAUCCAACGGAGGAAGCUCAAGGCCCUGACCAACCGGCCCAAACCGGUUUCGGUGAUGGACGCUUUGUUUGGUUGGUGUAACGAUAUUGUCAGCUCUGCUCAAAGCUUCAUGUCCUCCACCUGGACGUUCUACCUGCAGGCUGAUGACGGCAAGGUGGUUGUGUUCCAGAGUGAGCCAGAGAUUGAGUACUACGUCCCUGAGUUGCAAGCUCCACACUCCACUGUCGCAAACAAACCCUGGCCUGAAGGAAAUCCUCAGACACAGAAGCUACAACCUGGAGAACGAGUGCAUGGAGAGAGAAAUGCACCUAAAGCUGUGAGUAAGGGGAAGCACAGCUCUCAGCAUGUUGAGGACACAGUUGGCGAGCACGACUUCCUGGGCUGCAUGUCACGGCGUUCAGGGCUGCCACGUUGGAUCUUAGCCACAUGUCUCAUGUUAUCUAUUAUGGUGAUGCUGUGGCUGAGCUGUGCCAGUCUGGUGACAGCACCUGAGCAACAUGUAAAGACCCAGUUGAGCAUUAAUGGAGACAAGGAGUUCCUGGACUACAUGCCAAAAGUUAACCCGUACCAUCUGACUUCAGUGAUCGCAGUAGCGGUCGGUCAUCAGGAUGAAGGGAAAGAGGCAGGACCUCUGCCAGUCAAAGUCGACCUGACCAAAACCUCACUUUAAAAUCAUUAUAGCGUGUGUAAUCUGUUCGUGUUUCUGUCCCUCGAUUAGAGGAAGGAAUCAUAACAUUGCAUUUUAUAAAUAAAGAUGCAUGGUGUAUAAGGAACAGGUCACACACACACAACAAAGCCAUUCAGUAAUACUGAUUUAUAUGUUUAUUGUUCACUAGACAUCGCUGCUUUCAAAAACCAUGUUGAACCAAGCUAGACCCAGGUCCUCCCAGGUACACCCCACUGAGCGAAAGAUAAACACACAACAUCAUUAACUGUGUUAGUUAUCACUGAAUAGGAGGAGAUUUUCACCCUCGAUUAUCCAGUUUGUACCCAACAGGAAACAAACCCUGCUUAUGGAAUAAUGGGAGCGUAAUCACGUGUACAUACAUGUAGUUAUUUAUUUAUCUCUAUCACUAAUGUAUAACACUUACUGUAUGAGGUCUUAUUGUAUUUUAUCUCUCAUUUUAAGGCUAAUAGAUAAGACUCUGUAAUUAAGUAGUAUAUACAGUGAGCUUCUAUAAGGAUUAUGAGUGACGCCUGGGUAAAGUAAGACUAGAAACUUCUCUUUUAUUGGUGAGAUGAUUCUCUUUCUUCUGUUCAGUGCUGAGUUCAAAUCGCUGAUUUUUACCCAUAUCGCUCUAAUCACAGUGCAUGCUAGUAUGUUUUAAGACUCACUUAUGGCAAUAGACUAUUAUACGCUAAUAAUAUUUGUGUUUAUCGCUUGAUGUUGAUCGCCAAUGCAGUUAUACAAUACAGAUGGGUUAAGAAGAACCAAUAAGAAUAAAUAUUUUAAAAAAUGUA